AUGUUUCUGUUUGUUGAACGAGAAAUUCGUGGAGGUCUCAGCCAAAUUUGUUCGAAACGAAGAGCUAAGGCAAACAACAAGUUCAUGAUGCCUUCAUAUGAUUCAUCAAAGCCUGACUCAUAUUUAAUGUACUUUGACGUAAACAACCAGUACGGUUGGGCUAUGUCUCAUGCAUUGCCAUAUGGAGGAUUUGAAUGGGCCGACACUAAUCAUGAUGUUACAACCGUUGCUGAUGCUGCUUUAGAACGAUACAUUUUAGAAGUUGACCUAGAAUACCCACGACGCCUUCAUGAUUCCCACAAAAACCUAUCUUUCUGCUCAGGACACAUGAAUCCAAAAACUAUGAAACCUCCGACGAGAUCUUCUCAACCCACCAAGAUGAUGGCAAAGCUGAAUAAUAAGAAGAAGUACUUCAUCCACUACUGA